GGGGCAUAAAAGGGGGGCCCGUGGGCAGCGGACCCCUCACAUCCCUCAGAGGUGGCCAGCGCUCCCAAAAGCAUGGACGUCUUCUCCGCGUCGCAGCUCUACUACGCCGCCCCGUCGCCGGACGCCCUCCACCUGGCCGAGGACGACUCGGACGAAGACGAGCACGUGCGGGCACCGGGCGCGCCCCCGCACCAGCCGGGCCACUGCCUCCAGUGGGCCUGCAAGGCCUGCAAGCGCAAGUCCAGCUUCGUGGACCGCCGGCGCGCCGCCACCAUGCGAGAGCGCCGCCGCCUCAAGAAAGUCAACCACGCCUUCGAGGCCCUGCGCCGCUGCACCUCGGCCAACCCCAGCCAACGCCUGCCCAAGGUGGAGAUCCUGCGGAAUGCCAUCCAGUACAUCGAGAGCCUCCAGGAGCUCCUCCGCGAGCAGGUGGACCACUACUACAGCGGCUCCGAACCCGCCAGCCCUUUGUCCAGCUGCUCCGACAGCAUGCCGGACAGCAACAGUCCUGUGUGGCAGCAGCUCAACUACAGCAGCGCUUAUUCCUACGCAAAGAACGAGAGUCUGUCGGACAAGCCGGCGGGUGCGUCCAGCCUGCAGUGCCUUUCCAGCAUCGUGGACCGGCUCUCAAUGCCCCAAUUCGGUCGCCGAGCCGGCCAGGCUGUCUCGUCGCCCACCAACUCGGGCGACACGCAGCCGUGUACGCCGGGUAGCCCCGUCUACCACAUCCUGUGAGGAACUCGGCAGUUGUUUCUUUGUACAGUGCGCCAUCAAAUUGUAAAUAUGAAAUGUAAAUGCUCAUUUAUUGACACACUUAUUAAAAGUUUUCUUUUGUA